UCCAAUUAGAUAUUAUAAUUUAUCAAAAAUGUUUAGAAGAUUAAAGAAUAUUAAUAUACUCCAAAACACUAGUUCUACAUAUGCAACUAUGAAAGAAUAUAAUCAGAAGGUUUUUAUAUGUAAUUAUUCAAAGAGAAUAUUUUCGGGAAUUCAGCCAACUGGAAAUUUGCAUUUGGGAAAUUAUCUUGGUGCUAUACAAAAAUGGAUACAACUUCAGGAUAGUAAAGAAAAUGUUAUUUGGAGUAUUGUGGAUAUGCAUUCUAUUACCUUAUCACAUGAUUCUAAAGAGAUGAAUGAUAAUAUAUUUAAAAUGACGGCAACAUUGGUAGCUUGUGGUAUUGAUCCACAGAAGAGCAUAUUAUUUCAACAAUCUACUGUACCUAUGCAUACACAACUAUGCUGGGUUUUGAGUUCCAUAACAACUUUAGCAAGAUUAGCCCGUUUGCCUCAAUUCAAAGAAAAAAGACAAACACUAAAGGUUGUUCCCCUAAGUUUAUAUAUUUAUCCUGUUCUACAAGCUGCUGAUAUAUUGCUAUAUAAAGCAACACAUGUUCCUGUAGGACAAGAUCAAAUUCAACAUAUUCAAUUAGCACAAGAAUUAGCCAUUAAAUUCAACAAAAUAUAUGGAGAUACUUUUCCUGUGCCUCAUGCUUUAGUUACUGAAAAUGCAGGCGAACGAAUAAAGUCACUUCGUGAUCCUUCAAAGAAAAUGUCAAAGUCUAGUCAAGAUCCAAGAAGCAGAUUGGGUAUAUUAGACCAACCUGAUGUAUUAGUAAAGAAAAUAAAAGUAGCAGUUACUGAUUGUACGUCAAAGGUAUCUUAUGAACCAAAAACUCGACCUGGUGUUUCAAAUUUGGUUGCAUUACAUUCAUUACUUACUGGAAAAUCAACAAAUCAAAUAUGUUCUGAAGCAGAAGGACUUGAUACUGGCAAAUAUAAAUUGGUGCUGGCAGAUUUAAUUGUAGAAAAGUUAACUCCAAUACGUGAAGAAUAUUUAAGAUUAAUUAAGGAACCAAUUUAUUUGCAAAAAAUUUUGGAAGAUGGUAGAGAAAAAGCAAUGGAAAUAGCUAGUGAAUCUUGGCAUGAAAUUCAGAACAAAGUUGGAUUUAAAAAUAAUAUUUGCAUAAAUGAAUCAAUAAAGAGAAUACAUGAAUUAUAA